AUGAAGAUUGCAUUGAAGUUUGGACAUUUCAGCACUCUCAAGGCUCAAGGCAUCUCCACAAUGGUGCUUAUGGAGGAUUCACGUGCUGCUGCUGUUGAGUUCAAGAGCUCCGGCUCGGCUAACACCGAGACCAGCAAGGUAGCAGGAACGCUGGAGACCAAGUACAAGUGGGCAGAACACGGCCUGACCUUCUCUGAGAAGUGGAACACUGACAACACUCUGGGCACGGAGAUCACUCUGGAGGACCAGCUGGCUAAAGGGCUGAAGUUGACAUUUGAUUCCUCCUUCUCUCCGAACACUGGCAAGAAGAGCGGGAAGAUCAAGAGCGGCUACCAGCGCGAGCACAUCAACCUGGGCUGUGACGUGGACUAUGACAUCAAUGGCACCGCGGUGCACGGAGCCAUGGUCGUGGGCUUCGAGGGCUGGCUGGCCGGGUACCAGAUGACUUUCGAGGCUGGGAGGAACCGGGUCACCCAGAGCAACUUCGCGGUGGGCUACAAGACCGACGAGUUCCAGCUCCACACAAACGUGAAUGAUGGAACAGAAUUCGGUGGCUCUAUUUACCAGAAAGUGAAUGAUAACCUGGAGACGGCGGUCAACCUGGCCUGGACCGCCGGCAACAGCAACACUCGCUUUGGCAUCGCGGCCAAGUACCAGAUCGAUGCCGAUGCUUCCUUCUCGGCCAAAGUGAAUAACUCUAGCCUCGUCGGCCUGGGAUAUACUCAGACCUUGAAGCCUGGUAUUAAGCUGACCAUUUCUGCUCUUCUGGAUGGGAAGAACGUUAACGCAGGUGGCCACAAACUGGGUUUGGGUCUGGAGUUCGAGGCAUAGGAAGCUGAGGAUUGCAAUAAUCCUGACUUGAUUUUUCUUUUUUUGAAUACCUAUCCUCACACACCUUGUUUCUCUUAGAUGCCCUGGCCAAGGAAGCGCACUAUGCUCGGUCAAAUAAUGCAUUAGUGAUGCUCACUUCUUCAGAGAGAGCAACAGUUGGGUAUUUACUAGGUCACACGGAAUGAAAGAAGAGCAUUUGCAAAGUUAUAAAUGGCUUGAAAAAUGUAUUUUCACUACACUCAAUGUUAUUUAUUACAGUGUUGAUCAUGACAGAAUAUUUAAUUUUUGGGAAGGCGUUGGGUAGAAACGGAGACGUUUACAUCAGACAACACUAAUAGUAGGCCACAACAUUCCUGAUCUGCGGUUUUCACCCCAGCAAAGCUUGAAGGAAAGGACCCGUAUGUAACGGAUGACACUCGCAGCCCAUCACGCCUUUAGUUGUAGACACCAGCCUUUUGGGUGGGUUUCGUGUUUUUGUCUCGUCUGUGUGAGUGAAACCACACGUGUAUCUUGUCCGUCGUUGUUUUCUCGCUGCAUACUGCCUGUACCUUUGAUGGCAAAACUCUUUCAGCUCUCCUUGAACUAAAGGAGAUUGGAAACAAGCUUCUGACAUAUUGGGGAGAGCAGAAAAGAUCUGAAUAGGUGGAUGCAGUCUUCCGUUUUUAAGUGUAGGAUUAGAAUACUGUGGAUUUAGCAGUAUGGGUACUUUCAGUUGAAUAAAACAUUUCAACCUGGACCACA